AUGACAGAUAAGGAACACUUAAUUAAAAAUAAUAAAUUGAAACGAGAAGCGGAUCAUUUACGAUGGAUAGCAUUUUGUGGUGUGACAAUGUCAACCGUAGCAACCUUGUCAUGUAUCAUAUCGGUACCAAUGUUUUACAGUUAUUUGCAACAUGUACAAUCAAUAAUGGAAAAUGAAGUGGAAUUUUGUCGAUCAAGAUCUGGUAAUAUUUGGCGUGAAAUAAUCCGUACACAGUAUCUUGUAAAGUCAACUGGAACAUUACGAAUGAAACGAUCAAGUGUGGAAGAUUCUGACGCGGAAGAGAUAUUUUUUAAGAGACAAGUUACGGCUUGCUGCGGAUGUGGAAUUUCUCCACCUGGAAUAUCUGGGCCUCCAGGAUUGAACGGUAAAGAUGGAGAAGACGGUGAACCAGGACGUCCAGGAAAAGAUGGUCCAGACGCUGUUGAAGCGCAACCUCCAAUUGUACCACAAGAAUGGUGCUUUGAUUGUGAAGAUGGUCCACCGGGUGAAGCUGGCAAACCCGGACCUAAAGGUCCGCGGGGAAAACCAGGACUGGUUGGAUUUGCAGCUAAAGACGGGCUACGAGGUCCACCAGGGCGACGGGGUCAAAUUGGACCUCCUGGCAUACCUGGAGUGCCUGGAAUCAAGGGACUACCAGGACUACCAGGUCGAAUAAUCGAGAGGAAACAGCUGACAGGGCCAUCAGGUCCGGCAGGUGCACCUGGACAGCCUGGGAGAAUAGGUAAUCAAGGUCUUCCGGGUGCACCGGGGGCAAUUGGCCCGCCUGGACAACCAGGAAUUGCCGGUAGAGAUGGUAUAUCUGGCAGACCUGGUGAACCUGGUAAUCCUGGUCCAACUGGUGUAAAUGGCGCAAUAGGAGGCUGUGAUCACUGUCCACAACCACGAACGGCACCUGGAUAUUAA